AUGAAGCUGAAGAGGAACGACAGUGACGGAAAUGAAGCAGAGGUUGGCUUGUCUGGCUCUUCGGUCCACUCGACCAAACUCACCAAACGUCAGGCGCCGAUUAGCAGGCAGUCGUUACCGUUGAUCCACGAGAUGCUGUCCAAGACUCGCAAGUCAUUGCAGCUGAGUGCCAAUACUGCUUCAGAGUAUGCCGUCACGGCGGAAACGGCAGGUUGGAAUCGGAGUACUAGUAGCGACCAUGGCGGUCGAUCCUUUGGCAAUUCCUGUAAUACAACCAGUUCCACUUGUACCAGCCAAAAUGGGGAGACAGAAGCACGACGCAGUUUUGGCUUGGUAACUCCAGAAGUUACGUUGGUACAGCCACAUGCGGAACAAGAGAAACAAGCACGGAUUGACAAGGCGUUGCAUUCCAUCAACAAACUCCAAUUCGAGUCGGUAGGAUUAGUGGGACGAUCCAAGGAGAUUCAGACCCUCCAGCACCUCUUGUCAUUGGCAUUGCCCACCAAGAAAGUACUCCUGAUUAGUGGGGCGUCCGGGUGUGGCAAGACGGCGCUCGCCAAUACGGCACUCCAAGAACCCGUUUGGGCAAAACAGGGAGCCUUUGUACGGGGGAAAUUCACAAACAAUCAUACACAAAAUACUACUAGUACUGGUACAUGUAGUACCAAUAUCAAUAAUCACCCUCUCUCCGGGAUUGGAAAAGCCUGCAAUCAACUGUGUACCGACAUGGUACAGAGAUAUCAGCAAAGUCAGCCAGACAGACUCUACAAGAUGCGGGAGCAAUUGGAAGCACAGAUUGAUGCACCCCUGCUAUGUCUUCUGGAAACCACCAUACUACCCAACCUGGUCCAUAUCUUGGAAUUCUCUCUUCCGUCAACAUCAUCCUCCGACUGCCAACAAGUUGAUCAUCCGAAUGACAAGACACCAGAAGAUCCUGGAACCACCACACGACGAGCCCGACGACCAUCUCUGCGACGUCGCAAUACCUUCAACCAGAGCCAACUACAAGGGUUCAUUCGCAGUGCCAGUCGCCAGCAACAUCCAAACACCACCAAUCGACGAGCCAGACGGCCGUCCAUGGGAUUCCCGGAAAGUAUUUCUUCCUACGAGAGCAGUUUGACCAGUGGUGGUGCUGAUCCUGUCACAAUAAGUGCCAAACGACGAUUGGCCGCCACCGUCGACCCGCGUCACUCCAAACAAUUGCUACAAUACGCCAUUCGAGCAUUCUUACGAAUCAUGGCCGCAGAUCUGGGUGAUGGAUCACCUCUUGUGUUUGUCAUGGAUGACCUGCAAUGGAGUGAUACCCAAUCCAUGGACAUGUUUCAGGCCAUUGCCAGAGAUUCAGAAAUGCCUCACAAUCUAAUCUUGGUCGGAUGCUUUCGGUCCAACAUUAUUAGUUCAUCAUCACAAGACGAUAAAACAGACAAGAAGAAAGACGACAAUCAUCUGGAUGCCGACAAUAGCAACGUUGAUACCACGGCAGAAGAACCGCAAACUCAAUCCCCUCCUCUUGUCCAAGCCAUUCAACAACUCACAGAAGACAGCCAAAAAGACGAUGCUUCCUUUCACCUGACCCAGGUCGCACUUGGGAAUCUAUCCCUCGAAUCCGUCCAACAACUCAUUGAAGAACUCUUGUCUGUUCCGCCAUCUCGAGCCUUGGAGUUGGCACAGAUAUGCUACAAACGAACACUGGGGAAUGCCUUUUUUGUCAAGGUCUUUUUGAAAAUGUUGCACGAAAUCAACAUUUUACAAUUUGAUCUCGGGUCGUUCUCGUGGACGUGGCACGACAAGGCCGUCGAACGAGAAUCGGCCGCCACCGAUAAUGUCGUCUCCUUGAUACAAACCAAACUAAAACGAGAUGAAGGUCAGCGUGGACCCAUGAGUCUCUUGCUCCAAGUCGCGUCCCUGCUGGGGAGUAGCUUUGACCGUCGUGCCAUUCUCAUUAUUUGGGAGGGACUGCAAAAGGCGGCGGCGCAGCAUCAUGAUCCCAGUACGAAUAAUGAAGGCAACGUAUACAAGCACAUUCCAAAAUACCGCGAUUGUCUAUUAUUACCGGCCAAUAAUACUGACGAGACUGUCGAUGCCUUGCUCGAACAGGCAGCAAUUGAAAUGAUGAUUGAAAAGGUCGGAGACCAAAACGCGGCAAAAUCGUCCAACGAUGCAGGAGGAGGAGACGUAUACUAUCGGUUUGGGCAUGAUUCGAUACAAGAAGCCUGCUUGAGCCGUGUCCCUUUGGCAGAGCUGGGCGAAUUCCGUAGCAUCAUGGGGCAUUGCCUUCACCAGAACUUGUUGCCUGACGAGCUCGAACAAUGGCUCUUUGUGGUGGUGGAUCUACUCAACAACAAUGACAGCGGAAACUGCAGCGUGGAUGUGGCUGCCUUGAAUGCCCGAGCGGCAGAAAAGGCCAAAGAAUUGGCAGCCUUUCGAUGCGCCGUUCGUUACGUCGAAUACGGCAUUCGAAACAUGAAUGCCAGUGCCGACAUUAUGUGGAGCCAUCAUGCCAAACUGGCAAUACUGUUGCACUCGCUCGGAGCCGAGGCCGAAGAAUGUGCUGGAAACAGUGACAAAUCGGACUGGUAUUGCAAGGAAGUGACUCGACAAAAGAACAUUCCCAUUGUGGCAAAAAUGAGAGUCAACAAUAUCGUUGUGGAGCGAUUGUAUAGCAACGGCAACUACAAGGAGUUAUGGAAGACAUGUAGAAGCAUCUUGCGUCAGCUUGGAUGCAGACUACCGCGGUUUCGAAAGAUCCAACAAGUGUAUGCAACCGUGGCUAUGCUGGAAACCAAACGGUACUAUUUGCCAACAUCCAGUGAUGUUGACAAGAUGGAUCGAAUCGAAGAUCCAGGCAAGCGAGAGGCGUUGUCCUUCAUGAUCAAAGCAGCUUCCUUUGGUCUGGGAAGCAAAAACAAACCGCUCUACGUGCUACUUUGCUGCCGUUGCGUUCUCUGGACCAAAAGAUAUGGCCUGACAGAGUUCUCGGCCUCCGCGUUUGCUUCCUUUGCCAAUGUUAUCAUGCACGAAUACGGGGAUUGGAGGACUGCGACAAGGGUUGCCGAGCUGGCAUUGAGCAUCGAGCGACGCAUUGGCUCGAAUUACACCAAGACGAGCACUCUUCACAAGGUCAACUCGUUUGUCUUGGGAUGGGUACGGCCGCUUUGGGCUUGCCGACCAGAUUACAUCGAAUCCUAUACUGUGGGGAUGCUUUCGGGGAACAUAGAAGGCGUUGGAAUGGCGGUUCUGUUUCUAGUGAUGAGCCAAUUCUUUGCUGGCGCCAAUUCACUCGCUGGCCUUGACGAAGACUUGCGAAAGUACAUUCCGGAACUGGAGAGGCUGAAACUUCACACGUACGUGAUGGGCUUGCGUCUUUUGCAUCAAAAGGUUCUCAAUCUCAUUGGUGCCCCCUACAACCCUCAAACCACGAGCCUGGCUGGGACUGCCAUGCAAGGGCUUGACCUUGAACGACAUCCGUUUAUUUUCAAUACGGUUGGGAAGCAUCACAUCUGCAACCUUUGUGCUUACUUUGGUGAGUAUGAGAAGGGAGCUGAGCUUGCGUUGUCCAUGGGGGAUCUUUUCUAUCAGACAUGGGCAGGUGCUGCAUAUUUCGGCUUUGAACCUUUCUAUCGAGCCAUCUGCCUUUACGCCGUGGCCCGACAAACAGGAGAUAGCAAGUAUCUCAAAGCUGCCAGGAAAGCACGCUCGUUACUCUCGAAAUGGGUGAGUCUUGGAGCCAUCAACUUGGUCCAUCAAGUAUCAAUCCUUGAUGCCGAGGAUUCGGCAAUUAAAGGCAAUACUUAUCAGGCCCAGAAAUUGUACAACAAGGCGAUUGCGGUAGCUGUUCGAGGUGGAUUUCUUCAGGAUGCCGGGAUUACCAAUGAACGAUUCGCGUUGUACCUGGUUUCGUUGGGCGACCACGCCACCGCUGGGCACCACAUGAGCGACGCGAUUCGGUGUUUUGCCGACUGGGGUGCAAUGAGAAAAGCGGAGAUGUUGACUGCGAAGCAUGCUAGCUUGCUGAAGCGGUUGUCUUUGACUGGGUCGCGUCAGUUUGCCUGUGACACAACAGUCAAGGAACUACUGGAAAAGAGUCAGGAACUGAAGGUCAAGUAA